AAAUCGCUAUAAAGGGCGGUUGGUUGCAACGUCUUCUCCGUUGUAUUCGAGGAAAUAUCAGUUCUCGCACAGCAAGACGCAAAUGGCAGAAUUGGAAGCCAAUCAGCAAACAGAGAGGGUUGGAGACAAUGAGAGAAAGCUCAAAUAUCUAGAUUUUGUUCAAGUGGCGGCGAUCUACUUCGUCGUCUGCUUUUCAACGAUCUAUGAAUACGCCAAGGAGAACUCUGGUCCACUUAAAGCUGGCGUCCAGACCGUUGAAGGCACCGUCAAAACCGUCAUCGGCCCUGUCUACGAGAAGUUCCAGAACGUCCCCUUCGAGCUCCUCAAAUUCGCAGAUCGUAAGGUGGACGAGUCAUUGAGCGAGUUGGAUCGGUACGUGCCGUCACUGGUGAAGCAGGCGUCUAGCCAAGCCAGAUUCGUGGCGUCGGAGGUGCAGCGCGCCGGUGUGGUGGACGCUGCGAAGAGCAUCACGAAGACUGUGUACACCAAGUAUGAGCCUACGGCGAAAGAGCUGUAUGGAAAGUACGAGCCGAUGGCAGAACAGUACGCUGUGGCUUCGUGGCGGCUACUGAACCGGCUUCCCUUGUUUACGCAGGUGGCUCAGAUCGCGGUACCAACGGCAGUUUACUGGUCUGAGAAAUACAAUCGGACUGUUUGCUACGCUGUAGAGAGAGGACACGCGGCGGCGUGGUAUUUACCGGUGAUCCCAGUGGAGAGGAUUGCUAAGGUGUUCGAGGAGACUGAGAAUGGGCUCACUGUUUCCACCGAUGGAGAAGCUGCCGUGGCGCAAUGAGGGACGUUAGAUUUAAUCUGAUGCUUUUGUGAGACGGAAUACCGAAUACUGGAGGCUUGAUUCAAACCUAAUUUUGAUCGAUAUGUUAAAAAAUUCAGGGAUCAAAAAUGUAUCAUUCUUAUCAGAUUGUGAAAUUUUUACGAAAUUCCAUAAUUUGCGUGAUCUGAAUCUGAUUACAAUUUCAUUUCAUAAGGUACAUGGAUGUUACUAGAACUAGGAAUAUUAGUUAAUAUUAGUAAAAUCUUUCAAAUUGUGUUGAAAUUU